AUGCACUGGUACAUCUCUUUUCUACGACCACCUCCCGUGUCAAUUACACUCACCACCGAAGAAAUCACAAUAACACCUCAAGUAGCCAACGACCUCAGAACAGAAUUACGCUAUGAUCCAACCCCCCUUCAAUACAUCUGGCAAAGACUUACGCCCUCCCUAUCGCCUCCUACCCCCGCGAGAGAACUGACUACAUUCAUCCCUCCUCAAAGCACCUACAAACCUAUAUCUGUACCUUUACCUGCGGGUGUACAGAUAGGCGAAUCAUGGCGAUUAGGUUUAUUCUCCCCUUCACCCUCUACGUCUUCCUCCAGACAUCCUUCAUGUAGCUUGAUGUCGCUAUGUGAGGAUGAUGUGGGAGUAAUAGGUGUAUGGAGCGAGGGGAUCGAUAUCGUUCGUUCUGAUUUAUCGAACAAGGGAGCGGUGAGAGGUAUCAAUGGUAGCUCCAAAAAUGGCAAAGACAAGGAGAAAGAGAGUAAAAAAGGAAAAGGAAAGGAGAAAGAUGAUGGACCUAAACAAGGUAGAAUCACUCGAGAGUUUACUUUACCCCUACAAGCACAGGAAGACGGAGAAGAAGGAGAAAGCAGGGAAGAGAUGUUGAGGAUAAUUGAGCAAACUAGUUUCGAUCUGGAUAAAAAAAUCUGGGAUUCAGGUCUAGCAUUAUCAUCGUGGUUCUGGAAAUACCUGCCUUAUUACACAAGAAACGAAUCUACUUCUCAUCCUGAUGAGCUAGUCAACGGAGUAUUUGAUUUAUUAAGGAGACAAGACGGUUUGGAUAUACUAGAGAUUGGAAGUGGGACAGGUCUGGUGUCUAUCGCAUUAUCAUUAGCUAUCAAAAGGUAUUUACCGGAGGUGAAGCGGAAUAUAAUAGCUACUGAUUUAGAUACGGCCAUACCCCUUAUGAAUGAGAAUCUCAAAUUCAACUGUAUCGAUAUAAAAUCGAAUUCUAACGGUAACAACGUGAAUGUCAGAGCGGAUGUGCUGGAUUGGGACAAACCUUUACCUUCAUGGGUAUCAGUGGAUGAUCAUUUACCAGAACUGGUAAUCGCCGCAGACGUAACUUACAAUACGUCAGCUUUCCCCUCACUUCUCCAAACCCUCAUUUCCCUCCUUACUCCAUCUUCCGAUAGAAUCCCAAUAUUGGUAUUGGCGUACAAACAGCGUGAUCCAUCUGAAAGGGAUCUAUGGAAGAUGUUGAACGAUAACGGUAUCAAGAUGACCUUGGUGGAUAAAGUCGUGGGUUCAGAGAUAGAUCAAGGUGAGACGGAAAUUUGGAUAGGAAGGAUGAAAAGUUGA